UCUCUGCUCUUUGCGGGUGAGGUCGGUCAAACAAAGCAACUGGAAGGACUUUCCCUGCCCGAGGAGUAGAGCUCGACUUUCCGCCGUGCAGCAGAGCCGUGUGCACCGCACCGGUGAGCGGGUCACACCGCGGCACUUUGGAUAACUCACAGCUGCCGUUUGCCAAGGCUCAACCGCGUCCCGCUCCAAGAACAGCAGCACACAUUGCCAUGAACGAUUUAGUCGGACAGCAUAGGUGACUUUGGACUUUUGAUUUCCUCAAUCUCCUUCUUUUCUUUCCUUUUUCGGAUUUUCUGGCGAGAAAAAAAAAUCCACGGUGGAAGCAUAUGCCAACAAACUCGCUCUGUGCGCAUAGGGAGGGUAUUUUGCCCAAGAUGCAGGUGGAUCGGAGCUGUGUGGUUUCCAGUGCGUGGUAUGCGUGUCUGAUUUUACUUUUCUCAACUCUGGGUACCAGGGUCAGUGAGGUGGGAGGCACCCACCAAAGCAUCCCUCCGUCCGUGGUGAAGCUGUGGGCUUCAGCUUUUGGUGGGGAGAUAAAGUCCAUCUCAGCAAAGUACUCCGGCUCCCAGCUGCUGCAGAAGAAAUACAAGGAGUUUGAGCGGGCCGUACGGGUGGACGAGAUUGAUGGGCUGCGGCUGGUGAAGAGGCUGGCAGAAGACAUGGAGGAGAUGUUUCACAAGAAAGCCGAGGCAAUGAAGGCUGACUCCUCCACACCCGCAAGACCGCAAAAUGAGCCUUCCGAAGUCAUCUUAGACGACCCUCAGAGGUCGUCGAAGGAUGACUUCGGUCAGGGGGUUGAGCCCCUGAAGGCCGGCCCCUGA